GAAGGGCAAGUUACGCUUGAGAUACUUUUCAUAAAACUCUGAUCAGUCAAGCGAGAACUAAUUUUCGACAAAAAUAACUUCUAAAACAGAAAAGUGUAAUUAAUCAUAUUGUAGAAAUUUAAAUAAACUAAAAUUAUUUCACAAUGCUAACAAUGGAGGUAAAAAAAAAUUAAAAGCAAAUCAAGGCUAUAUAUUGAGAAGUUGUUAAACAUUUUGUUUCACAACACAAGCGCUUGAUUAGAAAAUUCCUGACGUUCUGGAAAUGUUUCGACAUAACUUGCUGGUCAUUGUGUUGGUGCUUAGCCUGUUUGCUGGAGUGGCGAUUGGACAAAAAAGAUGCAAGGCCGUGUCGGACAUUGUCCUGCUGCUGGACGGCUCUCCCAGCAUCACCAACAGCCAGUUUGACCUGAUGCGGAAGUUCGCCUCAGACCUGACCAAGUCAAUGGCCGUCGGACCAACUGACGCGCUGGUUGCUGCUAUCGUCUACAACAACGUGGCCAGGCUCCUGUUCAACCUGAAGAAGUUCAGCGCCAACGAGCAGCUUGCUGAGGCUUUGCUCAGUGCCAACAGGGUGGUGGGAAACUACAACUCUAUGACUCACGUGGCGCUUGAUUUGGCCCCCGCUUAUGGAGGGGGCGUGGGUAGCCGGAAGUACGCUGCCAAGAUUGUGAUCCUAGUAGCUGGCACCCAGUCCUGGAAAACAUUAUACACUGCUCGGUCUGUGGAGCUGUUAAAAAAAAGAGGCUACACACUGUUGGUGGUGGCGAUAGGCAAACCGGCACAGGACGAACUGAGUGCCUUGGUCGCCAGUCCACAGGACAUCAUUGCUGUUACAAGGUUUGAGGAUUUGAAGAGCGUCGUAGCUAAAGCGGCUGACAGGACAUGUAAAGUAAAUCCUUUUUACGAAGAGAGUGACGGAUUGACACCUGCAUUGAAGCCAUGCACCACAUUUGCCGACAUCGUCAUCGCCAUCGACUCCUCCAGGGACGUGGGCAUCAACCUGUACAAGAAGGAGCUCCAGCUGGUCUCAGACCUGAUCGCGCCCUUGACCCUGGGGCCGGACAAGGCGCGGUUCCACAUCGUGCUGUACACCAACGUGGUGCAGAAAGUUCUAGACUUUAACACGUAUUCCAGCAUGACGGAGAUCUCAAGGGCCAUCUUGAGCUCACCUUACCUGCAAGGUCCCAAGAUCACCUACCUGGCUUUGAACUACCCCAUCUUAAGAAAGAUCUUUACACCUGCGCUUGGUGCUCGAAUUGGUUCCAAACAUGUUUUUGUCUUGGUGUCUGGGUCUAAAUCGGACAAUAUGAGACUAGCCGUGAGGUACGCAGACCGUCUAAAGGCCGACGGAGUUAAAGUGCUGACUGUGGGAUUCUCUAACGCCAACGAGCAAGAGCUCAAGUUUAUCGCCAGCACGCCAGAGGACGCUCUCAUGGUGGAGGACAUGGACACAGUCAAGAAGAUCACCCCGAUGUUGUCCAAAAAAAUAUGCAGCGCUAUAAACUCGAUUGGAGGUACAACAGAGACAGAGGUUGAUAACUCGGACGACACCGACGGCGAUAACAAUGGGGCUUUACCGUUACCACCCCCCAAGCCCUGCCGUGUGAAGGCUGACAUCAUCUUCUGUCUCGACUCCUCCGGCAGCAUUGGACGCGUCAACUACGACAAGCAGCUCAGGUUCGCUGCUGAGCUGGCCAGCAGUUUCCAGAUUGGCGCCAAAGACACGUGUUUCGGUGCCGUUCUCUUCAGCUACGUGGCUUCAAAAAUGUUUGACCUCAAAGACAAUUUGAACCAGAAGUCUGUCGCCGAGAGCCUGUUGUCCCUGCCCUACAUGAACAGCACGACAAACACGGACAAAGCUUUUAGCCUGAUUGAAGAGGAGGGGAUGUUCGAGGAUUCUUUCGGGGGUCGGAACGACGCCACCAAGAUUGUCAUCCUUAUCACAGAUGGGCGGUCUAACAACCCCUCUAAAACUGCUGAGGCCGCCCAGAGCCUUAAAGACAUGGGCGUUGACAUCAUCAGUAUCGGCAUCGGGAGGUUCGAGAGCGCCGAGUUGCAGGCGGUGGCCAGCGAGAAGCAGAACGUCUUCCAGGUGACCAGCUACCAGGUGCUGGACAAGAUCAAAGAGCAGGUGGCGGCUCGCACCUGUCAAGUUCCCAAAGAAGCCUAGACGCCCGAAAUAUCCUACAGCUAUGCCUGAAAGUCUUCAAGAGUGACGCGGCAUACAUCAUCAUUGAACACGUAAAAUUUUAGACAAUGGAGAGAGAAUUCUUCUGUUAGCUUGAUCAAAUGAUAGUGUCAAUUCACAUGUCUGACGUUGACGUGGAUCUUUGACUUAAUUAUUAAACCAAAUUUACCUCACUCA